CUUACCCAACAUGGCGGCCGAAGCCUAUAUAGGAGCCGGGCCAUGAAGCUUCCCUGAGUCACGGUGAGCCACCCUUAACCAAGAUGGCGCUGGCCAGUCUCCUGGAGCCUCACCAGCCUGUGAACCGGGCCGGAUUCUUCGGCUUGGGCGCCGGUACCGAGUUCCGGGGCCCCGGGCUCGGCGCUUACGGCGAAGGGGGAAAUGUGGGCGAGGUGCCGCUGGCCUUGGCCGCCCCUUGCGCCUCCCUGAGCCAAGAGAGCGCCGCCGGGCAGAAGGCGGAGAUCGAGCUGCUGCAUGGCACCACCACUUUGGCCUUCAAGUUUCAGCAUGGCGUGAUUGUAGCAGUGGAUUCUCGGGCAACAGCAGGUGUCUACAUUGCUUCACAAACAGUAAAGAAGGUCAUUGAAAUCAACCCUUACCUGCUGGGGACCAUGGCUGGUGGUGCAGCUGACUGCAGCUUCUGGGAGCGGCUGCUGGCAAGGCAGUGCCGCAUCUAUGAACUCCGCAACAAGGAGCGGAUCUCAGUAGCGGCCGCCUCCAAGCUCUUGGCCAACAUGGUGUACCAGUAUAAGGGAAUGGGUCUCUCAAUGGGUACCAUGAUCUGUGGCUGGGACAAGCGAGGGCCAGGCCUAUACUAUGUUGACAGUGAAGGGAACCGUAUCUCAGGCACAGUUUUCUCAGUUGGCUCUGGCUCUGUCUACGCCUAUGGGGUGAUGGACCGUGGCUACUCCCAUGAUCUCUCCGUUGAAGAAGCUUAUGAUCUGGCCCGCCGUGCAAUCUACCAAGCUACCUACCGUGAUGCCUACUCUGGCGGCACAGUCAACCUCUACCAUGUACGCCAGGAUGGCUGGAUCCGUGUCUCCAGCGACGAUGUGUCCAAACUCCACGAAAUGUAUCGUGACAAAGCCACAGAGCCAGUGGCUUGAGAUUCUGGAUUCUGGGGGAAGGGGUAGCAUUGAACUUGGGUCUGUAGGCAUGGUUUUCUAUAGCAGAUUCAUAAAAAUAUAGAGAAAUGGGAUUGUAGAGCCAUAAGGCCUAAGAGGAAUGCUUGGCCAAAAUGUUUGGCUGUACAUUGGCCAUGGGGAGUGGGAGAUACUGUCUUAUGCUUGUGACCCAUGUAAUAAAAUUGUUUUGCUUCUGAAUUAAACCUCUUCUGUCCAAA